CUUUGGGAGGGGAAGUGUUGAGCGUCUUAGUCUCUUGAGGUCAGGAAGCCGGUAGCGUUUUCUAACUGAUUGAUUCCUUGGAUCAUUCCGAUAUUCAAAGUUUUCCUUCUAGUUCGUUCUCUUAACUUUUAUUAUUAAUACCUUCCUCCGUGAAGUGAAUUCAUUCGCCGAGAGGUAUUUACUAAUAGUGAUUUUCAAAAUGACUGAUGAAGUUAAUCCUAAAGCCUACCCAUUGGCAGAUGCUACACUCACUGCUAAGAUAUUAAAUGUUGUGCAGCAAGCUCUGAACUACAAGCAGUUAAGAAAAGGUGCCAAUGAAUCUACUAAAACUUUGAAUCGAGGAUUAGCAGAGUUUAUAGUGAUGGCUGCUGAUGCAGAACCACUAGAAAUAUUAUUGCAUUUACCUCUAUUAUGUGAAGACAAAAAUGUGCCAUAUGUUUUUGUCCGUUCCAAGCAAGCUCUUGGAAGAGCGUGCGGAGUUUCUCGACCUGUUGUUGCUUGCUCAGUGACUGUCAAUGAAGGAUCUCAGCUCAAGCCACAGAUAACAAAAAUACAACAAGACAUAGAGAGACUUUUAGUGUAAAUAAAUAAAAAAGAAAUUGUUUUUGUUUUUUUAAAUACUAUAUUAUUAUAAAUCUGUUAUGAUAAACCAUUUAUAAUAAAAUAUCGUAACAUUUUUUA